AUGGCAAAUAACGUGAUUCCAAAGAAUGACGAAAAUAUCAAUUUAAUGAUGAAUUAUGGAAAUAACGAGGAGAAAUAUGAGAAAAAUACCGUUAGCGAUAGCGGAACUUUUAUCGAUCGUGCUUCCGAUUCGGUCUAUGGAAUGAUACGGCUUCAUCCUGUGCCAGAAGUGCAUCCUAACCGCUGGUUUAUUUUAGCCACCAUUACCUUUUUAAAUCUAUGCAACGCCAUGCUGUAUUAUACUUUUGCUAUGAUUGCUGAUUCAACAGCGCUAUAUUACAAGAUUUCAUUAUCAGACGUCAAUUGGCUCUCCAUCGUAGUUUUGCUAGGAUUUGUCAUUGUAGGUCCAAUCUCCAUCUGGUUAUUGGAUAAAUAUGGCCUUCGAGUAGGGAUCGUCGUCAACGGUUGGGUAACACUUCUGGGUGCAAGUAUUCGAGUAUUGAGCGCUUAUGUACCCGCAGCCGGUCGUAUACCAACAUUAUUUAUCGGGCAGGGCUUGAUUGCCCUAGGUCAGCCUGUUAUUUUAGCUACUACCACUAAAAUGGCAGCAGUAUGGUUUCCUGAUGAAGAAAGAAUACUUGCUAACACCAUUGCUACACUAGGUGUGACUUUAGGAAUGAUGGUAUCGAGCGUUUUAUCACCAGCUAUAACUAAUCACAACUACCUUAAGAUGCCGAUUUUACUAAUUAUUAACCUCAUUCCUGUCGCUGCUGCUACUUUAAUGGCUACAAUUGGAAUGAAAUAUAGUAAACCCCCAAAUGCCCCAUCAUUUAUCAUGAUGUUAGAUGAGAAUCCUGAGAGUACCUGGAAAUGCAUUACCAAUUUACUGAAAUCAGACAGCUCCUAUCAGCUCCUGGCUAUUACUGUAGCUACUCAUUUUGCAGUCUUGGGUACUGUCGGCGUUUUAAUAGAACAAAUUUUAUGUCCUACUGGUUACCCAGACGUAAUUAUAGCUUUCACUGAUUUUGCUGGCCUUUGCAUUGUCAUUAUGACUAUGUGUGGAUUUAUUGCUGCAGUUAUUAUCCUUUUCUUUAUCCGAAGUAUUAAUCAUUUUGAAGUAAUAUCCAAAGUCUUUCUAUCCUUGGCAAACUUAUCGCUGAUUGGUUUCUUUAUGUCUGCUGGAUACCGUAAUUGCCAAGGUCUUCUUUGCCUUUUUGCGGCGCUUUAUGGCAUUUUUGGUAUGAGUCUUGUCCCGAUGAUGCUAGAACUAUGUGUGGAGUGUUCUUAUCCAGUUGACGAAGUCAUUAGUUCGGGAGUUCUAUUCCUCUUAGCGACUAUUAUUAGUGUAGUUAUGAUCAUCGUUUUACCAAUCAUUAGUCCGCCGCUGGAUAGCUCUCAAAUUAUUUAUUCUGCAUGCCAUCAUUCUCAGUUAAGUUCAUCUAAUUCUCCUUCUCCAAUGAUUUCGGUUCCUGAUACUGCAAUUAUUCCUCGCGAUUACUCUUGGGCUACCGUGGUGAUGGUUGGAUUAUUAACUCUAGCAACACUCAUUUAUGUCAUCUUCUUUCAAGCUACUUAUAAACGUAAAGCAGCUGAAGAUAACCAUAAGUUCAAUUGCUGGCAUGCCUAUCGACUAGAAACGGUCAGUCCGGAAUUGUAUCUUUCAUACAUAGUUGGUGGCAAAUUAAGUUGGAUCGCAUUCAUUAUUUAUUUUUCUGUUUUACUUAUUGAUCAAAUUUUGGUCUCCGCCACUAGAGCCAUUGUCAAAGAUAAUCUCAUAGCUACAUUUCCCCCAAAAAUCCAUCUCGAUGAAAAGAAAUGA